AUGAUGGUCAACGGACCUGGUGGUGCUCCCGAGAUUGACUUCGCUGUCACAUCUCAGGAUUGCGAAGUGUUUGAGGGAACUCAACUGAAGCACUGUCCAAAGAUUGGUGAGGACAUCAAAAAGUGCCAAGAGAAGGGUAAAACCAUUCUCUUGUCCAUCGGCGGUGCCACUUACAGCGAGGGCGGCUUCAAGAACGAGGAUGAUGCAAAAGCUGGAGCUAAAUUGAUGUGGGAAACCUUUGGUCCCGUCAAGGAAGGUUCCAAAAUGAAGCGUCCCUUUGAUGAUGCCGCCCUCGAUGGAUUCGACUUCGACUUCGAAUCCAGUGUGACGCAUAUGGCCCCCUUCGCCAACGAGCUCCGCGCCCUGAUCAACAAGGAGACCGAUAGAAAAUACUUCUUGACUGCUGCUCCUCAAUGCCCAUACCCUGACCAAGCCGACAAGGACAUCCUUAACGGCCCCGUGUAUAUCGAUGCCAUCUGGGUGCAGUUCUACAACAACUUCUGCGGCGUCAACAACUUCAACAAGGAUGCCACGAGCUCCAAGUAUAACUUCGAAGAAUGGGAUAACUGGGCCAAGACAGUCUCCAAGAACAAGGAUGUCAAGGUCAUCAUUGGUGUCCCCGCCGAUACAACUGCCGCCAGCACUGGAUACAUCCCAGCCGACAAGCUGGUCGAUGUGAUCGAGUACUCAAAGAAGUUCGAGAGCUUCGGCGGUGUUAUGAUGUGGGAUGUAACACAGGCAUACGCAAAUGAUGGAUUUAUUGACACCGUAGUCAAGGCCCUGGGUGAUGGCAGUGGUGAUUCUGGUUCGUCGUCGUCGUCCAACUCGGCGUCGACCACGACGUCUGCAUCUACGUCCACUAACUCACCGAAUACCUCGCAAUCUUCCAAUGCACCCGGCUCCUCGUCCUCCUCUUCCUCCUCAUCUGCAUCUGGAUCCUCGUCCAGUGAGCCCGAAAUGCCGACUCCCACCGCAGAGACAACGACUACCGACGCUCCGGCUAAGCCAACGACUACAUCGACCACGAAUUCUGCUACCGAAGCUGCUCCCAAGCCAACCUCGACCUCGACCUCGACUCCGACUUCUACUUCGACUUCGACUUCGACACAGCAAGCUGCCGCACCCACCGCUGACUCGACGACUACGGCAGCACCCGCCACUACCACCACGCCUGCGGCCAAGCCUGCCAAGGACGACGAAGACAACGACGACGACAUGCCUGUCUCCCCAGAUUACGACCCUACUUCCGAUUUGUCGGAUCUUACCAAGGGUGCCGAUGCUGCUGGAUCUGCUCUUCUGGGCUCUGAUCUCUUCGGCCUGCUGAAAGGUCUUCAACAGGCCAAUGGUCCUGUCAUGAAUGUGGCACAAGGCCUAACUAAGAAUCUUCGAUUCGCCAGACGCAUCCAGAACUAG